AUGUGUGCGAGGAGUAGCUCGACGAGCUCGUCCCCAGCCCUUUCUACCCUGUCCCUGCCGCCCCUUCGAGCAAGAAUAGUGAUGAUGCCUCCUCUCCAGCUAAGGAGGAGGAGGAGGAGGAGUAGGAGGAGGAGGAGGAGGAGGAGGAGGAGGAGGAGGAGGAGGAGGGGGAGGAGGAGGAGGAGGAGGAGGAGGAGGAGGGGGAGGAGGAGGAGGAGGAGGAGGAGGAUGAGGAGGAGGUUGAGGAGGGCGAGGAGGAAGACAGUGUGGAGGUAG